GAAAGGUUAUAACGGUCUGCUGCUUUUCAGGGAGGGAAAUUUCCCCGGGCCUGUCAGAGGGGAAAGGGCUGAAAUUCCCAGAGGGGGAUCCGGGGAGAGGGUCAGAGGGUUUGGGGGUGGUUGGAGAGGCUCUGAAACCUCUUUAGAAAUAAAGGCCCUUAGUUCAUCUGAGCUUUGGCCUGGGCCAGCCGGAGGAGGUGAGAGCGGCCCAGUAAGAGGCGGACGCUGCUGAGGGUUGUUGUUUGGAGCUGGGGUGGUGUUUGGAGGAGGAGAAAGAGGAGGAGGAAAAAAGAAGGAGGAAAAGGAGGAGGAGGCAGAGGCGGCAGCAAGUAGUAACCCGGGCGGGGUCGCUUCGUGGUUGCAGCCCGGGGUGCAUGCAACAGGCUGCGGGGCCCCAGCAGCGCAACACGCACACACAGCACACACACACACACACACACUCACUCACACUCCCACGUGCGCUCCGCCUCGCCCCCGGCCCGGGCUGGUCCUUCUGCUGUGUGUGUCGUGUGUGUGUCCGUCCUGCAGAACAUCUGCGCCGCACUGGAAGUGGGGCGCCUCCGCUCGCCUCGAUUUUUUUGUGUUUUUUUUUUUCUUUUUGGUUGGGUUUUUGUUUUUGGUUGUUUUUUUUUUUCCCUCCCCCCCCCCCCCCUUCCCUCCUCCUGCCUCCUCGCUGGCCACCCGCCUCGGAAACUCGCAUCUCUCCAACUGGGAGCCGGGGGAGCCGAGUGCGGAUUCUCCCCCUUCCGAGGCUGGGGCCUGACCCCCUUUGAAGCCCCCUUUUUCCUGAUUUCAAACGCUCCUGCCUUAAUAUCGACGCUCAUUUUUUUUUCCUUUUGGCCUUGAAAUCCCCCUUUUUCUGAUUUCAAGCGAUCCUGCCUUAAUAUCGACGCUCACUUUUAUUUUUCUUCUGGCCCCUCCGAGCCAACUUUUUUCUGAAAGGCCAGGGUCUCCCCCCUCCCCUUUUUAAUAUUUCCACGCUGGGAGCGCUUGGCAUUUUUUUAAGCAAUUCUAGCAAAUCGCGUUUCAUCGGGGCAUCGCCUCGACUCAUCGCACCCGAUUGACAAAUACCAUCAUUAGUAUUAUUAUCCGCACUUGAUCUCCCCCCCUUUUUUUUUCCUCCCUCCCUUCUGGUGCGGAUUUUAAGGGAGGAAAGCAGGACAGUGUCCUCCCUCCUUUUUUUUUUUUCCUUCUCCUCUUCCCUCUCCCCCGCCCCCACCGUGUGGUCGAGAGCGAUGCACGGCUAUGUACUGAGCGUUUUCCUGACCCUGGAUCUGGUGACGGCGGCGCUGAGCCUCUCUACCUGCAGCACCCUCGACAUGGAUCAGUUCAUGCGCAAGAGGAUCGAGGCGAUCCGGGGGCAGAUCCUCAGCAAACUCAAGCUCACCAGCCCCCCCGAAGACUACCCCGAGCCGGAGGAGGUCUCCCCGGAGGUGGUGUCCAUCUACAACAGCACCCGGGACUUGCUGCAGGAGAAGGCCAACCAGAGGGCGGCCGCUUGCGAGAGGGAGCGGAGCGACGAGGAAUAUUACGCCAAAGAGGUCUACAAAAUAGACAUGCUGCCCUAUUUCCCCUCGGAAAAACACGGCGGCAGAAUUAGGGAACGUUCUUCCGACAGUGUGCGUCUGUCUGGAUACAGCGCAAUGCGAUGUUGGAAGAAACGGUUGUGCGCAUGUUUGCAGUGUCAGAAGCGGGAUUCCAUCCCAGCCACCUUUUACAGACCGUACUUCCGGAUUGUCAGAUUCGACGUCUCGGCAAUGGAGAAGAACGCCUCCAACCUGGUAAAGGCCGAGUUCAGGGUUUUCCGUUUGCAGAAUCCCAAGGCCCGGGUGUCUGAACAACGAAUAGAACUCUAUCAGAUUCUUAAGUCCAAGGAUUUAACUUCACCAACCCAGCGCUACAUUGAUAGCAAGGUUGUUAAAACCCGUGCCGAAGGGGAAUGGCUCUCUUUCGACGUCACCGAUGCUGUGCAUGAAUGGCUACACCAUAAAGACAGGAACCUGGGAUUUAAGAUCAGUUUACAUUGUCCAUGCUGCACCUUUGUACCAUCGAACAAUUAUAUCAUCCCAAAUAAAAGUGAAGAACUAGAAGCAAGAUUUGCAGGUAUUGAUGGCUCCUUCACAUAUUCCAGUGGUGAUCUGAAAACUUUAAAGUCCGCUAGGAAAAAAAACAGUGGGAAGAGCCCACAUCUCCUGCUAAUGUUGUUACCCUCCUACAGACUUGAGUCGCAACAAUCCAGCCGGCGGAAGAAACGGGCUCUAGAUGCUGCCUAUUGUUUUAGAAAUGUUCAGGAUAAUUGCUGCCUGCGUCCACUUUACAUAGAUUUCAAGAGGGAUCUUGGUUGGAAAUGGAUACAUGAACCUAAGGGCUAUAAUGCCAAUUUCUGUGCAGGCGCCUGCCCUUAUCUAUGGAGUUCUGAUACUCAGCACAGCAGAGUACUCAGUUUAUAUAAUACCAUUAACCCGGAAGCAUCCGCAUCUCCUUGCUGUGUCUCCCAGGAUUUGGAACCCCUCACUAUCCUAUAUUACAUCGGCAAAACACCUAAAAUUGAACAGCUGUCCAAUAUGAUCGUAAAGUCUUGCAAAUGCAGCUAAAAAUCCCAGAAGUGGCACCGUAACGAUGAUAACGUGCAUACCAAGAAAAGAGAGAGCCAAGUUUCAUCAGUGUUAAAACAAAUUUUUUUUUGAAAAAGCGGUACUAGUGUGAACUGUUUGGAAGUUUGUUUUUUUGUCAAAACUGGCAUCUGAAGCAAAAUGUUGAAGGCCUGAUCUUACAUUUCAUCUGCUCUGUUAGGUAGACAAGAAGCAAAACCUUUUUUUAAAAAAAAAUAAACACUGGAAGAAUUUGUUAGUGUUAAUUAUGUGAAAGGAAAAAAACAGGAAAAUCCCAUUAAGUGGAGUUGCUGUAUGUACCUGACCCAUUGCCUCACUUGAUUUCUCUGUAUUGCUAUGCAAUAGUCUCCCUACCCAUACCUUUUAGUUGUAGAGUAACAGUGCAUUAUUUAUUUGUGUGUAACUAUACAAUGAAUAUUUCAUUGCCUUUGGGAAAACAAAAAUAAAGGUGGACAAAGUGGAGACCAAAUCAACUGCCAGAAACGCGUAGAUGACUUAGGGAACUUGAACUCUAAAAGCAUCAUGCUAGUGAGAUGAAAUUAGAAGUCAGCUAUUACAUGACUAAAACAGUCUGCCUUGAGAAAACAACUUACUUUUUAAUGCCAGCUAUCUGAGGAGGCUUCUUGUAAGGUUUGGAAUCCUGAAAAGCUUACUAAUAAAGGAAUUGUUUCAGUCUGAAAGACAAGUCUUUAAGAUUUUUUUUUUUUACUGUAAAUGGUUAAAAUGUCAGUUUAGUAAAACAGUGAAAUAUUUUGACAUGUACUGGUCUAAUCUUCAGACCUUAAUGUGUUGCUGUAUAGCUAUGCUAUGGGGAUUUCUUUUUUUUUUUUGUGGGUUGGGGGGGCGUUAUAUAAAACGUACCUAUAGUAUUACAAUAGGUGGGUAGAAAAGCCAGCUUAAUUGGAAACAUAUCUGUAGAUCUCUAUUGUAAAGUAUUAAAAAAACUGAAGUACUUUGUGUGUAAUGUGUAAAUUUUCACCAUAUUUUUGUAUUCUGUCAUACUGUCUACUUGGAUAAAUUUGAAUUAGAAUUUGGGGCUCUUUGUUUUCAAUCACACAGAAAGAACAAUGUGUUUCCCCAUAGCUGGCCAGUAGAAGUAGAGUCCCUGUAAUGUACUUUGACUUGCACUACAAAUACAUGUUUUAUAUUAUUUGCGAUACAUGUGCUUUGUGUGUUGUUCAUCAUUAUGACAUAAGCUACCUGACUCCACUUUUCUUUGUUUUUCUUUUACAAAAAUGAGAGAUUUAGAUUCCCUAGUUUUCCUGCUUCUUCCCCGAUAAAGCUGGAAAUUGCUAAGCAAUUUGUAGUUCCAGUCCGUUUUCUGGGGCAGAAGGAGUGCUAUGGACCAAUAGCUGGUCAAGACAACAUUUUUUUGUUUGUUCGUUUGCUUUAGAAGAGGACUUUCAGAUCUGACUACAGCUAAGAACAUUUGUGGCUGGAUUUAGCAGGUUUCUUUAACUUAGUUUAACUUUGAUUAAGUUGGUUUAAUCAGCAUUUCCACAAAUUAAACAUUUUUUUUUUCUUUGUCCCUUUUCUAAGGAGCAAAAGACUCCUAGAAAGCAUCUUUGGCUUUAAUCAGAUUUUGAGUAUUCAGGGGAAAAUUCCAUUUGCAUUGUCUGUUAAAAAACAACGACAACAACAAAAACUCAAACCCCAAACCUAGACCAUGGCAGGGGUGACCAGUUCAGUUUAUUUCUCUGCAAUGACUUAUUCGAUUUACUCUUCAAAUUCUACAAGGGGAAAAGACCCAGCUCUUUGCAACCAAUAAGUGAGCUGCAUUUCAUCCUCUCAGUCCCUUGCACAACUGCAAGGUUUGAGCCUACAAUUUUAUUUGCAAGAAAGGAUGACUGAGCUCCCAUUUGUGCUGAGGUGUUUCGGACUCAUUUGCAUUUGGGUGAGGUCAGUGGCCACAGAUCGUUGAGGCCAUUUAUUCCCUACCAAUGGCCAAAGCAAAAAGUUUGAUAAGCAGAAGGGAGAGAGACAAGGUAGGAUGAGGUGGGAAGCGCUCCUUUGUGUCUUUCACUUUUCAGAGCUUGACCUUGUCCAGACGUUAAAUGCAAAAACAGGUUCUGAAGCCCGAAAGUUGGAGAUGCAAGGACAUAGGAUGCCUGUGGCAGAACUAUACUUGACGUGUGCUGGUGGCAGCACUGGGUCUGGGUUUGUGGUUAUUUUGUGUAUUUUGUUUUUCAUUUUUCUCUGAAAUCUGUGUAUAGUGCUUCUAUUUCCAUAGGGACUUUCCCACCAUAGGAUGAAGUUUUUGUUUGUUCUGUUUUGUUUUUUCCUCAUGAAUGCACUGAUAAUAUUUUAAAUGCUCUAUUUUAAAUCUCAUGAAUCUUUUCAGUUGGGGAUCCCAUUAGAUGUUUAUUUUCCUGUAGCGAAUAUGACAGGGGGAAGGGGGUGGUGGGGGAAAAAUAUUAACACUUGGGUGGAUUAGGACAGCAUUUUGCGGUGUUAAGCAGCAAUACUAUGAUAUGGACAGCAUGGUUUAAAAAUGGAACAUAAGAACAGCUGUUUUGUAUUUUAGUGACCGAUUACUCUGUAUUUUAACACGAUGUAUGUCUGUUUUUGUGGUGCUCUAGUGGUAAAUAAAUUAUUUCAAUUAUA